AUGCACAAUACCUCUAUACCCUCCCCAUACUUAUCCCAUCCCUUCUCUCACUCACAGGAACAGCAGGAGCAUCAGGAACACAGGGAACGGUACAGCAGGAACAUCAGGAGAAGCAGGAACAGCAGGAGCAUUAGAUACAGCAGCAACAACAGAAGCAGCAAGAACAUCAGGUGCAGCAGGAACAUCAGGACCACUAGGAGCAGCAGAACAGAAGGGCAGCAGAUACAGCAGGAAAGUAAGGAGCAGCAGGAACAUCAGGAAGAUCAGGAGCAGCAGGAACAUCAGGAGCAGCAGGAACAUCAGGAGCAACAGGAACAUCAGGAGCAGCAGGAACAUCAGGAGCAGCAGGAACAUCAGGACCACUAA